GGUAAAUAUGGCAAUAUUGUGAUCAAACUGUCAAGUUGGCAAGUGCUUUCUGAGCUUAUUCAAUAAACCUUAUUGUCCUUUUCCUUUUCAUUUGUUUUAAAAAUUUAUAUUUAUGACAAAGUAAAAAAAACCGAACAAAACAAAUAAUGAAAAACAAAAUGGUAAAAAUCUGGAAGCUGGGUCUGAUGAGCUACGACACGGCCCUAAAGAUACAAAGGGCUAUAGUGCGUAAACAACUGGAUUCCAUGAUUGACGGCACAGGCAAUGAUUGGGAUACUCUCCUAUUACUGGAGCACAGACCUGUAUACACUGUGGGAAUCAGAGAUCAGACACGUAAAGAAGAAGUACAAAGACUGAGUUCCUUGGGAGCAGCAUUUAGAAAAACAGACAGAGGUGGUCUGAUCACUUUUCAUGGCCCCGGCCAGCUAAUUGCCUACCCGAUAAUUAACCUGAAACACUUCAAACCUAGUGUAAAGUGGUAUGUCAACAGCUUAGAGGAGACGGUCAUAAAUGUUUGCUCCGAAUUAGGGCUGAAAGGCAAAAGGUCGCCGUACACCGGCGUGUGGAUCGAAGACAACAAGGUGGCCGCGAUCGGCGUGCACGCCUCGCGGUACGUCACGUCGCACGGGGUCGCGGUCAACUGCGACAACGACCUGUCCUGGUUCGACCACAUCGACCCCUGCGGCAUGGACGACAAGGGUGUCACCUCCUUGUCCAACGAAACUGGCUUGCCUUGCACUAUAGACAAAAUUACCCCCAUGUUUAUACAGAGUUUUGAUAAGGUGUUCGACUGUAAAAGUGAAAAUCUUGAAGAAGACGCGCAGAUAGAAAUUUUAAACAGUAUUUACAAUAAGCUUCUUGUUACGCAAUGAGUGCUCGCGAAUGUUAUGUAUUGUUUUUUAUGGUAAUUUUUACAAUAUUUGUGUUUUUUACGCACAUGUCACAUACGUUUUGCCUAUUCGUGGUGCCAUAAUUAUCUUUGUUUUGGCUCUUAUAGUCCAGAUACUAAAAUGACAGUCCGAUUAGCCAAUUUACUACCUGAUCAUCUAAACACCUCUAUUGUCAAGGCGUGUUCAAAUAUUUUGGAGCACCUCGGCCGCGUCAAUAUAUAUGUACCUAUUUUAUUCGAAAAAAAAAAUGCAAUCGAACUGUUUUAGUAUCUGAGCAACUUUUAGUCGAUUUUUUUUCGUCAAUUUUCAUAAAAUUUGGUGGAUAAAUAGUUUUCUAUUCUGUAAAAUUUAAAGCGCCAUUUCACCGUAUGCUCUAAAAAUCUUCAGAGCCACCAUAUAAUUUCGUAACUCAUCGAAAAAAAAAUUACUUAUUAUUUUACCAAAAUCUGGCAAAAGAACGACAGCUAAUAUAUAAAUUAACUUUCAAAAAGAGGAGGUAUUUAUUUUUAGUGCCAAGGUAUAUUUAAUAAAAAAGAAAUAAGUUUCUACAA